AUGAGGGAGACAGAGGACGGGGUGUUUGGCGCGUCGGCAAUGCGCGAGAGCGACCCGCACAACGCUGGGGAAUCUGCCUCGGGGUCGGUCACGGCGUCCUUGAUCGAGGGCAGCAAGGCGGUGGUACCACAGGGGGCGACGCAGAAAGGCGCGCAUGGAGGGGCCGGCCCGGGCGAGUGCGCCGCCUGCGGGCAGCGCUUGUCAGGGCAGGUGUUUCGGGCCGGUUCGAAGAAGUUCCACAAGGGCUGCCUUGUGUGUGGCAUGUGCCGGACGCCGAUCAGCGGAGGAAAGGUCUGCUCUGCGCCGGACGACCCGGACGCCCUGUUGCACGAGGCGUGCUACGUCUCCACACUCCCCGAGUGCUCGGUGUGCCGGGUGAAGCUCAGCGGCGCGUACCGGAAAGUACCGUACUGGAACCAGGAGCACUGCAGCGAGCACUCGACGGACGGGACCUUGCAAUGCGACUCGUGCCACAGGCUUCAGCGACGCGGAGUGGACCAGUUCGUGCGCCUGGAGCCGAGGGUGGGGAGGUCGGGCAGGGCCAUCUGCGGCGACUGCAGCGAGACACGGCUGGGCAGCACUGUGGCGCUGGUGGACCUGUACAAGGAGGUGUCCCAGGACCUGCGCUCGAUGGGCAUCAACGUCGGUGACGACAUCCCGGUCCAGCUGGUGGACUCCUCCGCGCUGAAUCAGGCGCACUCGGAGGACGCCUCGCACCCGCCCGUGUCGACGAAGAAGCACACGCAGCAGCCGUCGCGCCGACGGCAGUGUCGUGGCCUCACUGUCUGUGAGGCCACGCAGGCCUACGAGCGUGACAAGUUCGGGCGUUCCACUGCAAUCGGUCCUCCCAAGGUCGACGUGACUGCCAUUCUCAUCCUCGGAGGGUUGCCGGAGAUCACGACGGGCGCAGUGCUCGCCCACGAACUGACGCAUGCUUGGCUCAAACGCAACGGCGCCAUGCAUCUGGACCCUGCCGUCGAGGAAGGCCUGUGCGAGCUCGUCGCGCACACGUGGCUGCAGCUGCCGUACCGCGUGCCCGCUCCUGAGAAGAAGGAGGGCUCGCUGCACCGCUUCCUCCUCUGGUACCAGGAAAACAACCAAGACCCGAUCUACGGCGAGGGUUUCAGGAAGGCCAAAGCGUCGCUGGCCCACCUUCCCGGCGGCGGCUCUGUCGCUUCCCUGCUGAAGCACGUCGCUCAAUUCAAGACGCUCCCGGUGGAUCGCCAGCAGCGGCCGCGACAGCGAUGA